CAAAAACCCGGUAAUUCCGAGAGAGAGUGAGUGGGGCCGGCACCGGCCGAGCCGAGCUGACCCCUGUCCGCCCGGGCGCAGGUGGGCAGGGCCGGGGCCCCGCGGGACCAGCGCCGCCAGAGCCAAUUUCGCGGCGCGCUUUGCUCCUUUUUCCCCCUUUUUUACCGGAAGGGAUUUUCAAAGGGUGGGGGAAAGACAGGCAAACACAAAAGUGGAAAACAGUUAAUGACCAGCCACAGCGUCCCUGCCCUGAGCUCUGGCCACGGCCUUCACAGGCUCCCAAGCCACACGCAGGUUGCCGUGGGUGCCAGCUGAGGUAACAUGGCUUGUUGGCCUCAGUUGAGGUUACUGCUGUGGAAGAACCUCACUUUCAGAAGAAGACAAACGUGUCAGCUGCUGCUGGAAGUGGCCUGGCCUCUAUUUAUCUUCCUGAUCCUUAUCUCCGUUCGGCUGAGCUACCCACCCUAUGAACAACAUGAAUGCCACUUUCCAAACAAAGCCAUGCCCUCUGCAGGAACACUUCCUUGGGUUCAGGGGAUUAUCUGUAAUGCCAAUAACCCCUGUUUCCGUUAUCCGACUCCUGGUGAGGCUCCUGGGGUUGUUGGAAACUUUAACAAAUCCAUUGUGUCUCGCCUGUUCGCAGAUGCUCGGCGGCUUCUUUUAUAUAGCCAGAGAGACACCAGCAUGAGGGACAUGCACAAAGUCCUGAGAAUGUUACGGAAGAUCGAGAGGUCCAGGUCAAGGUUGAAGCUUCAGGAUUUCCUGGUGGUCAAUGAAACCUUCUCUGGAUUCCUGAGUCACAACCUCUCUCUGCCAAGGCCUACUGUGGACAGCGUGCUGGGAGCUGAUGUCAGUCUCCGCAAGGUUUUUUUGCAAGGCUACCAGUUACAUUUGACCAGUGUGUGCAAUGGAUCAAAAUUAGAAGAGGUGAUUCGCCUUAGUGACCAAGAAGUUUCCAGGCUUUGCAGCCUGCCAAGGGAGAAACGGGAUGCAGCAGAGCAAGUUCUUCGUUCCAACGUGGACAUCCUGAAGCCAAUCCUGACAGUACUAAACUCUACAUCUCCUUUCCCAAGCGAUGAGCUGGCCGAAGCCACAAAAGCUUUGCUGGACAGUCUUGGGACACUGGCCCAAGAGCUGUUCAGCAUGAGGAGCUGGAGUGACAUGCGGCAGGAGGUGUUGUUUCUGACCAAUGUGAACAGCUCCAGCUCCUCCACCCAGAUAUACCAGGCUGUGUCCCGCAUCGUCUGUGGCCAUCCUGAGGGUGGGGGCCUGAAGAUCAAGUCCCUCAACUGGUAUGAGGACAACAACUACAAAGCCCUCUUUGGAGGCAAUGGCACUGAGGAAGAUGCUGGCACCUUCUAUGACAACUCUACAACUCCUUACUGCAAUGAUUUGAUGAAGAAUUUGGAGUCCAGUCCUCUUUCCCGCAUCAUAUGGAAAGCUCUCAAGCCUCUGCUUGUUGGGAAGAUCCUGUACACACCAGACACUCCUGCCACGAGGCAGGUUAUGGCCGAGGUGAAUAAGACCUUCCAGGAACUGGCUGUGUUUCAUGAUCUGGAAGGCAUGUGGGCAGAGCUUAGCCCCAAGAUCUGGACCUUCAUGGAGAGCAGCUCAGAAAUGGACCUUGUCCGGACACUGUUGGACAGCAGGGCCAAUGACCACUUUUGGAAAGAGCAAUUGGAUGGCUUAGACUGGACAGCCAAAGAUAUCAUGGCCUUUGUGGCCAAGCACCCGGAGGAUGUCCAGUCCACUAAUGGCUCUGUGUACACCUGGAGAGAAGCCUUCAAUGAGACCAACCGGGCCAUCCAGACCAUCUCUCGUUUCAUGGAGUGUGUCAACCUGAACAAGCUGGAACCAAUAGCCACGGAAGUCCGGCUCAUCAACAAGUCCAUGGAGCUGCUGGAUGAUAGGAAGUUCUGGGCUGGUAUUGUGUUCACCGGAAUUGCCCCUGGCAGUGUCGAUUUGCCCCAUCAUGUCAAGUACAAGAUCCGAAUGGACAUCGACAAUGUGGAGAGGACAAAUAAGAUCAAGGAUGCGUACUGGGACCCGGGUCCUCGGGCUGACCCCUUUGAGGACAUGCGAUACGUCUGGGGGGGCUUCGCCUACUUGCAGGAUGUGGUGGAGCAGGCAAUCAUCAGGGUGCUGACGGGCACCGAGAAGAAAACAGGUGUCUAUGUGCAGCAGAUGCCCUACCCCUGUUAUGUUGAUGACAUCUUCCUGCGGGUGAUGAGCCGAUCAAUGCCCCUUUUCAUGACGCUGGCUUGGAUUUACUCUGUGGCUGUGAUCAUCAAGAGCAUCGUGUAUGAGAAGGAGGCGCGGCUGAAGGAGACCAUGCGCAUCAUGGGCCUGGACAACGGCAUCCUCUGGUUCAGCUGGUUCAUCAGUAGCCUCAUUCCUCUGCUCGUGAGCGCCGGCCUGCUGGUGGUCAUCCUGAAAUUAGGAAACCUGCUGCCCUACAGCGACCCCAGCGUGGUGUUUGUCUUUCUGUCCGUGUUCGCGGUGGUGACCAUCCUGCAGUGCUUCCUGAUCAGCACACUCUUCUCCAGAGCCAACCUGGCGGCAGCCUGUGGGGGCAUCAUCUACUUCACGCUGUACCUGCCCUACGUCCUGUGUGUGGCGUGGCAAGACUAUGUGGGCUUCACACUCAAGAUCCUCGCGAGCCUGCUGUCUCCUGUGGCUUUUGGGUUUGGCUGUGAGUACUUUGCCCUUUUCGAGGAGCAAGGCAUCGGGGUGCAGUGGGACACCCUCUUUGAGAGCCCCAUGGAGGAGGAUGGCUUCAACCUCACCACCUCAGUCUCCAUGAUGCUGUUUGACGCCUUCCUCUAUGGGGUGAUGACGUGGUACAUCGAGGCCGUCUUCCCAGGCCAGUAUGGAAUUCCCAGACCCUGGUAUUUUCCUUGCACCAAGUCCUACUGGUUCGGCGAGGAAAGUGAUGAGAAGAGCCACCCUGGGUCCAGCCAGAAGGGAAUAUCGGAAAUCUGCAUGGAGGAGGAACCCACACACCUGAAGCUGGGCGUGUCCAUUCAGAACCUGAUGAAGGUUUACCGAGAUGGCAUGAAGGUGGCAGUCGAUGGCCUGGCCUUGAACUUCUAUGAGGGCCAGAUCACCUCCUUCCUGGGCCACAAUGGAGCCGGAAAGACCACCACCAUGUCAAUCUUGACUGGGUUGUUCCCUCCCACCUCCGGCACCGCCUACAUCCUGGGGAAAGACAUUCGCUCCGAGAUGAGCACCAUCCGGCAGAACCUGGGGGUCUGUCCGCAGCACAAUGUGCUGUUUGACAUGCUGACUGUUGAAGAACAUAUCUGGUUCUAUGCCCGCCUGAAAGGGCUCUCAGAGAAGCACGUGAAGGCAGAGAUGGAGCAAAUGGCCCUGGAUGUCGGUCUGCCACCCAGCAAACUGAAAAGCAAAACAAGUCAGCUGUCAGGUGGAAUGCAGAGAAAGCUCUCUGUGGCGUUGGCCUUUGUGGGGGGAUCCAAGGUGGUCAUUCUGGAUGAGCCCACAGCUGGCGUGGACCCUUACUCCCGCAGGGGAAUAUGGGAGCUGCUGCUAAAAUAUCGACAAGGCCGCACCAUUAUUCUCUCCACCCACCACAUGGAUGAAGCGGACAUCCUGGGGGACAGGAUUGCCAUCAUUUCCCAUGGGAAGCUGUGCUGUGUGGGCUCCUCCCUGUUUCUGAAGAACCAACUUGGAACAGGCUACUACCUGACCCUGGUCAAGAAGGAUGUGGAAUCCUCCCUCAGUUCCUGCAGAAAUAGCAGUAGCACUGUGUCGUACCUGAAAAAGGAGGACAGUGUUUCUCAGAGCAGUUCUGAUGCUGGCCUGGGCAGCGACCAUGAAAGUGACACGCUGACCAUCGAUGUCUCUGCUAUCUCCAACCUCAUCAGGAAGCAUGUGGCCGAGGCCCGUCUGGUGGAAGACAUUGGGCAUGAGCUGACCUAUGUGCUGCCCUAUGAAGCUGCCAAAGAGGGAGCCUUUGUGGAACUCUUCCAUGAGAUUGAUGACCGGCUCUCAGACCUUGGCAUCUCAAGUUAUGGCAUCUCAGAGACUACCCUGGAAGAAAUAUUUCUCAAAGUGGCUGAAGAGAGUGGGGUGGAUGCUGAGACCUCAGAUGGCACCUUGCCAGCAAGACGAAAGAGACGUGCCUUCGGGGACAAGCAGAGCUGUCUUCGCCCAUUCACUGAAGACGAUGCUAUUGAUCCAAAUGAUUCUGACAUAGACCCAGAAUCCAGAGAGACAGACCUGCUCAGCGGGAUGGACGGCAAAGGCUCCUACCAGGUGAAGGGCUGGAAGCUCACACAGCAACAGUUUGUGGCCCUUUUGUGGAAGAGGCUGCUGAUUGCCAGACGGAGUCGCAAGGGAUUCUUUGCUCAGAUUGUCCUCCCGGCUGUGUUUGUCUGCAUUGCCCUGGUGUUCAGUCUGAUUGUGCCACCCUUUGGCAAGUACCCCAGCCUGGAACUUCAGCCCUGGAUGUACAACGAACAGUACACAUUUGUCAGUAAUGAUGCUCCUGAGGAUGUGAGCACCCAGGAACUCUUGAAUGCCCUCACCAGAGACCCUGGCUUCGGGACCCGAUGUAUGGAAGGAAACCCAAUCCCAGGCAUGCCCUGCUCAGUAGGGGAGGAGGAGUGGACCACAGCCCAAGUUCCUCACACCAUCAUGGACCUCUUCCAAAAUGGGAACUGGACGAUGGAGAACCCCUCACCUGCCUGCCAGUGUAGCAGUGACAAAAUCAAGAAGAUGCUGCCCGUGUGUCCCCUGGGGGCUGGGGGACUGCCUCCUCCACAAAGAAAACAGAACACUGCGGACAUCCUUCAGAACCUGACGGGAAGAAACAUUUCGGAUUAUCUGGUGAAGACCUAUGUGCAGAUCAUAGCCAAAAGCUUAAAGAACAAGAUCUGGGUGAAUGAGUUUAGGUAUGGCGGGUUUUCCCUGGGCGCCAGUAAUUCUCAAUCACUUCCUCCAAGUCAAGAAGUUAAUGACGCCAUAAAGCAAAUAAAGAAACACUUGAAGCUGGCCAAGGACAGUUCUGCAGAUCGAUUUCUCAGCAGCUUGGGAAGGUUCAUGACAGGACUGGACACGAAAAAUAACGUCAAGGUGUGGUUCAAUAACAAGGGCUGGCAUGCCAUCAGCUCUUUCUUGAAUGUCAUCAACAAUGCCAUUCUCCGGGCCAACCUGCAGAAGGGAGAGAACCCCAGCCGGUAUGGGAUUACCGCUUUCAAUCACCCCCUGAACCUCACCAAGCAGCAGCUCUCGGAGGUGGCUCUGAUGACCACAUCAGUGGAUGUCCUCGUGUCCAUCUGUGUCAUCUUUGCAAUGUCCUUUGUCCCGGCCAGCUUUGUUGUGUUCCUGAUCCAAGAGCGGGUCAGCAAAGCGAAGCACCUGCAGUUCAUCAGUGGAGUGAAGCCCGUCAUCUACUGGCUCUCCAAUUUUGUCUGGGACAUGUGCAACUAUGUGGUCCCUGCCACGCUGGUCAUUAUCAUCUUCAUCUGCUUCCAGCAGAAGUCCUAUGUGUCCUCCACCAACCUGCCUGUGCUAGCCCUUCUGCUUUUGCUGUAUGGGUGGUCCAUCACACCUCUCAUGUACCCCGCCUCCUUCGUGUUCAAGAUCCCCAGCACAGCCUACGUGGUCCUCACUAGCGUGAACCUCUUCAUCGGGAUCAAUGGCAGUGUGGCCACUUUUGUGCUGGAGCUCUUCACCAACAAUAAGCUGAAUAACAUCAAUGAUAUCCUGAAGUCCGUGUUCUUGAUCUUCCCACAUUUUUGCCUGGGACGUGGGCUCAUUGACAUGGUGAAAAACCAGGCCAUGGCUGAUGCCUUGGAAAGGUUUGGGGAGAAUCGCUUUGUCUCACCACUGUCUUGGGACUUGGUGGGACGAAACCUCUUCGCCAUGGCUGUGGAAGGGGUAGUGUUCUUCCUCAUCACUGUUCUGAUCCAGUACAGAUUCUUCAUCAGGCCCAGACCUGUAAAUGCAAAGCUUCCUCCUUUGAAUGAUGAGGAUGAAGAUGUCAGGCGAGAAAGACAGAGAAUUCUUGAUGGUGGAGGACAGAAUGAUAUCUUGGAAAUCAAGGAGUUGACUAAGGUGUACAGAAGGAAGAGGAAGCCUGCUGUUGACAGGAUUUGUGUUGGCAUUCCUCCUGGCGAGUGCUUUGGACUUCUGGGAGUUAAUGGGGCUGGGAAAUCAUCAACUUUCAAGAUGUUAACUGGAGAUACCACUGUUACCAGGGGAGAUGCUUUCCUUAACAAAAAUAGUAUCUUAUCAAACAUCCACGAAGUUCAUCAGAACAUGGGCUAUUGUCCUCAAUUUGAUGCCAUCACAGAGCUACUGACUGGAAGAGAACAUGUGGAGUUCUUUGCUCUCUUGAGAGGAGUCCCAGAGAAAGAAGUUGGCAAGGUUGGUGAGUGGGCAAUUCGGAAACUAGGCCUUGUGAAGUAUGGAGAAAAAUAUGCCGGUAACUAUAGUGGAGGCAACAAGCGCAAGCUCUCAACAGCCAUGGCUCUGAUUGGUGGGCCUCCUGUGGUGUUUCUGGAUGAACCGACCACAGGCAUGGAUCCCAAAGCGCGGCGAUUCCUGUGGAAUUGUGCCCUAAGUAUUGUCAAGGAAGGGAGAUCAGUAGUGCUUACAUCUCAUAGUAUGGAAGAGUGUGAAGCGCUUUGCACUAGGAUGGCAAUUAUGGUCAAUGGGAGGUUCAGGUGUCUUGGCAGCGUCCAACAUCUGAAAAAUAGGUUUGGGGAUGGUUAUACUAUAGUUGUACGGAUAGCAGGGUCCAACCCUGAUCUGAAGCCUGUCCAGGAGUUCUUUGGACUCGCCUUUCCAGGAAGUGUCCUCAAAGAGAAGCACCGGAACAUGCUCCAGUACCAGCUUCCAUCUUCACUAUCUUCUCUGGCCAGGAUAUUCAGCAUCCUUUCCCAGAGCAAAAAGCGACUCCACAUAGAAGACUACUCUGUUUCUCAGACAACACUUGACCAAGUAUUUGUAAACUUUGCCAAGGACCAAAGUGAUGACGACCACUUAAAAGACCUGUCAUUACACAAAAACCAGACAGUCGUGGAUGUUGCACUUCUGACAUCUUUUCUGCAGGAUGAGAAAGUGAAAGAAAGUUAUGUAUGAAGAAUACUGUUCAUGCAAAGUGGCUGACAGAAAGGAGGAGCCAGCCCUUCCUUUGCACCAUGUGAAGUGUUCCAGAGGAAAGAGCUGGAUGUUUUUGUGGGAAGAAGUAAACUGGAUACUGUACUGAUACUAUUCAAUGCAAUGCAAUUCAAUGCAAUGAAAACAAAAUUCCAUUACAGGGGCAGUGCCUUUGUAGCCUAUGUUUUGUAUGGCUCUCGAGUGAAAAAGACUUGAAUUUAGUUUAUUACCUAUGUGAAACUCUAGUAUGGAACCCAGUGGACAUAUGGGUUUGAAAUACUUUUUUGUUCCUUUGUAUUCUCACUGAGGUUGCAACAAUAAUUCAUCAAGUAAUCAUGGCCAGUGAUUAUUUUUCAAAAUCAUAAGGCAUGCACAUCCUCAUUCAUCAAGCCAUGCCAUGCCAAGAGACUGGUUUCCCGGUGACACAUCCAUUGCUGGCAAUGAGUGCACCAGAAUUACUAGUGCCAAGUUGCUUAGAAAGCCUGAAGCACCAUGGUGUGUCAUGCACACUUUCGUGAAAGCUGCUCUGCUCAGAGUCUAUCAACAUCCUUAAAUAUCAGGUGACAAAAUGGUGCCAUAUGUGGAGAAGGUCCUGCUUUGAUUCCCACUUUGGUGAGCUGCUCUGGUGGUGGUAACAUGCAAACUGGGUGGCUCUAGACAAACGAAGUUUGCUUCCAUUGUUAUGUCGUCCCUUGCUUGGAGCCAUGGGUCUCCAGGGUCGUCUUUCUGGGACUCUUUAAAUAUACUUACCUCUUGGUAAGAAGCAAAGAAUCAGCAGCUGCAUUGGUGGGGCUGCAAGCUGCAGAGCCCAGGGCAUGGGAUGAGAGAGAUGGCACGUUCAAACCAAGGGAGGCCUGUGUCCUUUGUUCUGAUUGUCUACUACGGUACACCGCAUCUCAAGAUCUUGUUGUUUGACACACAUGUAUUAUUUCUGACUUUUUAAAUUAAUCUAGAAUAUGAAGAGAUAGAGUUGUAUUUUAACAAAAAUCUUUGUACUUUUAAUGUUAUUUGGAAUUUUAAGUUCUGUCAGUGACUUCGGAAACUUAGAAUGGCCUCUUUGUGAAACCCUGUGGUGUAGAGGAGUAUUGCAUCACUAGCUUUAUUUUCUCAUCUAAGUUUGCAGUUGGAUCGUCUGACUAGUGCCUACUGACCAGAAAACAGUGUGAUGGUCAAGAUCUCAUGACAACAUUAUAUUUGAAUUUCUUUAAGAUCAUGUAAAAUACUUUUAAUUUCAGUUCAUUAAUCAGCUGUUUUUUAGUGUAUGUUAUAGCUGAAUGAGUAAGUAUGGAUGGAUGGAGUGGGGAGAAAUUAAGUCUCAGUAGAUUUCCUGUGCUAUGUUAUUCAGCUAACUGGUUGUUUUGUUGUGGUUGUGGGAGACUGCUGAAAGAAUACUGGGCAGCCCACUUUUUGAAAAGAGCAACAAUGCAAAAGCCAAGGAAGUUCAAAUGUCAUAAGGGUCAUGAGACUAAACAAUGAAUACUUUACAGAGAACACAGCUAGCUUCAAAACUUGCUGAACAUAACUUGUGCUUGUGGUAUUUAGUGCCUUCAAAUAAUUGGCUUUGAACAUCUUAACAUCCCAUUCUGACAGUCUCAGAUUGUUCAUCUCUUCAAUAAAAACGGCAAAUGCCCCACAUUAAGUAUAUUUCAGACUUGUCUAAUCCAGUCUUAUUCUUUUUAAGUCAGUAAAUUUAAAAAAAAAUAUUAUUUCACUGAUGCUUAAUGUCAUCUGUCUUACACAACAGAAAUACAAGAGAACUAGUGUUUGGGUAAAGUUCAAGCAAUUUUUCCAUAUCAUUACUAAUUUCUUCUUUUUCUAAAAUUUAAAUAUUAACUCUAAAGGUGUAAGAUUUCAAAUCUAUUUCAAAUUAAUCUCUAUUCUUUUAAAAUUUCCAGAACAUUAUCAUGUAACUUGUUGCUUGGAAAAAGAAAAUGACUUUUAGAAAUUAAUGCCAAUACUGUUUUCCAAAAUGAUAAACAAAUAAUGAAGGCAUAUUUCCAAUAACUACUGGCAUGAGAUCAUUAUAUGUUAUGCUAUCUUUAAUGCUAUAAAAUUCAUAGGAUAAUUUAGUUUCUCCUUGUUUAAUAUUUUUUUCAAAAUCAAACUUCUGUCUUCCCAUUUCCCUAGAAUCAUGUUUUAAUUCUCUAUUGUAUUAACUCUUUGAGCAGCUCCUUGCUUUAAAGGCCAUAUUUUAAAAAAAUCAAAAGGCACUGUGAACUAUUUUUAAAAAAAUACAACUCUUCAAUACAGAUUUAACCUUUUUCUUUUCUUUUUGGUGAGGAGAAUUGGCCCUGAGCUAACAUCUGUUG